UCUUUGUCCUGCUUCACAGCUCUGCUGGCUGCCAUGGGCACUGCCUACAGGGAGAGGAGCUGACUGCCGCUUUUGCCAUUUCCCAACAUUGCAUCCCUUGCAGCAGUCUCCAUCAGUGUAGAUAGUCGUUGCAUCGCGGGAGGAGACUCAGCUUGUUUUUGUGUGUCUUCCGAGGCACAAUGACCGGAUCCCCGUAGGCGAUACCCAACGACGUCUGCCCACCUGGACGAUGCUGGGAUGAUGCAUGUUUUCAGCUUUUCCGUUUGGGCUCCGGCCGGACGGGUUUCUUUUGGAUGACGCGCAGAGGGGUUCUAGCUUUCUUUAUGUUUCACCCUGAUUUGGAAAACCCCCAUCCCAUCAGGAGAUCCAUGACCCGGUUUUUGCACCGUUGUCAUCAUGUCCCCAGCAUCGGCUGCAACGGCCAGUGAAAGCAGCACCACCACCGUCCCCGAAGAGGAGCCGGACAGCCCCCGGGAAGAGCAGCGGCCCCAGAAACAGUCCCUGACUAAAUCCCUGUGUCAGGAAACUCACUGGAAAUGCCUGCUGCUGUCCCUGCUGAUGUACGGCUGCGUCGGGGUGAUGGCCUGGUGCCAGGUGACCAAGGUCACGCGCCUCUCUUUCGACAGCGCUUACAAGGGAAAGUCUAUGAUGUACCACGACAGUCCCUGCUCCAACGGCUACAUCUACAUCCCGUUGGCCUUCCUGGUCAUGCUCUACGUGGUCUACCUGGUGGAGUGUUGGCACUGCUACACCAGGAACGAGCUGCAGUACAAGGUGGACGUGGAAAACGUUGCAGACCGCAUCCUGAGAAUGCAGCAGGCUACACCGUGCAUCUGGUGGAAGGCCAUUAGCUACCAUUAUAUCAGGAGGACGCGGCAGGUGACGCGCUACCGUAAUGGAGAUGCUUACACCACCACGCAGGUCUACCACGAGCGAGUCAACACCCAUGUGGCUGAGGCCGAGUUUGACUAUGGUAACUGUGGGGUUAAGGACAUCGCGAAGCAGCUGCUGGGCCUGGAAGACUUCCCCAUCACCAGGCUGAGGUUCACUAAGUGCUUUAGCUUCGCCAACGUGGAGUCAGAGAAUUCGUACCUGACCCAGCGGGCCCGGUUCUUCACAGAGAACGAGGGCCAGGAUGACUACAUGGAGGCCCGUGAGGGGAUGCACCUGAAGAAUGUAGACUUUAAGGAGUAUAUGAUUGCCUUUUCUGACCCUGAUCACCUUCCCUGGUAUGCAGCCAACUCCACUUUCUGGGUGGCAGCAGCUUUCACACUCUCCUGGCCUCUGCGGGUGCUGAUAGAGUACCGCACUGCCUGUGUACACUACCAUGUAGAGAAGCUGUUUGGCUUUGACUAUGUGCCAGCAACACCGUCUGAGGAGCGGCCACAUUGCAGACACAUCCCGCGAGUCAACACAAUCGACAGCACGGAGCUGGAGUGGCACAUUCGCUCCAACCAGCAGCUGGUGCCGAGCUACUCAGAGGCAGUCCUCAUGGACCUGGCGCAGCUCUCAGGGAGCUGUAACAACUACUCCGUAUGUGGAGGCUACGGUAGCUACAGGCAGAACUGUGAACGCUGCCACCGUGCCAUCAGCAGCUCCUCCAUCUUCUCUCGCAGCGCCCUAAGCAUCUGCAACACGGGGAGCCCCCGCAUCCCCUUUAGCGCCAGCCGCUUCUCGCUGGGUCGGCUGUACGGCUCCAGGCGGAGCUGCCUGUGGAGUAGCAGCGGCAGCCUGAAUGAGCGGUCCUGCCCCACAGAGAGCACGCGCUGUCUGUCAGGCCAGCAGACCAACAGUGAGGAGAACCCUCCAGCCUAUCAGGACGCUCUGUACUUCCCAGUGCUCAUAGUACAUCGCAACGAAGGCUGCCUCAACCACGACCACCGCUCUCUGCACAGAAACGGCUCCUGUGUGGAGACUUCUCUAUGACCCAGACUUAUCUGAGCAAGGAAUAUUUUAAGUGAGAAAUCUCUUCACACCAGGGCUGAGCUAACAUUGACUCCUGCUUCUUCUUUUUACAACUCAGUCACCUGCAAGUUACCACAAACAAGGAUUUGUUCAUGUUUCUAAAGAUACUGUAGCCUCAAACAAACAGGAAACAGUCUAUCUGGGAAGGUCCUUACAGUACAGUUAAUAAGUCAGGGAAAAACAGACUUGAUGCUGUUGAUGAGACUGUUAAAAUACAAUGUGGCUUUAAAGGACCAAAAUGCCAAAGUGUCAUGUACAGCGUCCAAAAGGACAAGAGUCAAAUAACCAAGGAAUACCAAGGGGAUUCACAUCCUGCUGUAAAUGCCAUAUGUGUAGAACUUAGUCACGGACGAGGACAUGAGUAACACUUUCUAGUAUUUGAAGCUGAAUAUAGGAUUUGACUCAGCAGUAGCCUAAGAAAUUGCCAAGAAAUGAAAGGGAUACGACGAGUAUGGAUGCAUGAAUGAGCAAUGAAGGAAUAUUGGGAAAAUUGUUGACUGAGUCAUGACAUGUGAGUCAUGUGAAUUAUGAGACAGCCUUCUUGUCCAUGCAUAAUUAACAAGACUAAAUAUUUUUGCAGAAACAAAACACAUGGCUCUUAUAAAGUGAAGUUAACUUAGGCUAAAAUCUAAACAUCUGCAUGUAAAACAGUGAAAUCCAUUUCAAAGGGAAUACAUUUCCAUAGUAUAAAAAUAAACGUCUGAUUCAGAUGCUGAAAUAUCAAGUUAGCUGAAAUCGGCUUGGCUGCGAUGACAUUAUACUUCCCGGCUUGCUAAAUAUAGCAAAGCAGUCGAUGAAUAAUUUAGCACAGGAGGGCUAAAGGACACGGAAACUUCAAACUGAAUCAACAACACUUCUUCAAACUGUUAAUUGCUGUAAACUGCACAUUUUCUAUGACGGCCAACUGCUUAGUAAUAAACCUCACCAUGAUAUUAAUAGAUCAGUGUCAACUCAGCUACUUUAAAAUCUCAAAGAUGCAUUUAAUUUCAUGUUUGGCAAUAUUUUUAUUCAGCCUACCUCCUUAUUUAAGUGCCUAGCGAUCAACUGUUACUGAUGAACAUAAGCUAUCAUGACUAAAAGUCGUCUCAUCUCAACAUCCUCCCAUUAAAACAAGUUGAAUUCACACUCACAGUAACAUAUACAAUGCAUAGGAGAAAUGUGAUUUAAUUCGUGUCUAAAAGACACAAGGUUUAAAGAAUCAGGCUCUAAAUGAUUUCAGAUGAUCCUCCUAAUAUAACACAGCUCUCAUAUACUGGUGCUGCUUCUGCUGAUGCAUAUCAGAGAGACAGCCAGAGAGCUGGCCAUCAAAGACGCCAGAAAUAGGCAGAGGCCUGGAUUCACUACUGAUAGUGUCAGAUUUAAUAAUAUGACAGGACUACUUUAAAGAACUUACAAAAAAAAAAAACUUCCUCUCAAAUGAGCGCAUGCAGUGUCCUAGUCAUGGUGAAUUUUAUUUUACAGCCAACCAGGCAAAAAAAUAAAUGUUUAAUGGAUGAAAAACAGGCAUGCCAGAAGUUUUUAAACAAAUGUUAUGUAGGAACUAGUAACGAUUAAUCUCAUUUUAACUGUAAAAUUAGAGUUGUUUAUGUACAAACCAGCCUUCAUUUCAUGGGACAUGCAGUGAAAAAUAAACAGGCAUGGGUGAAUCAUUCUCCAUCUUAAGACCAUCAAAAUGUUAAAGGGGACCUAUUAUGCUUUUCCUUAUUUUCUGUUUCCUAACAGUUUUUUCUACUGAUGUCAGCAUGUGAUGGAUCUUUAAAUCAUUUGUUCCAGGCACAUUACUGCAGUGUUUGAAUUACAUACACUGCUACAUGCUAACGUCUGGGGAACCUGUAAUCUUGGACGCUGAUGUUGUUUGUUUCCCCCCAAUUUUGAAUCAUUUUGCUACUGGAACAUGUUCAAUUUUGUACUUUUUAGUUUAGAAGCUUUAUAUGGGAAUUUUCACAGUAAAAAGUGCUGCUAUACUUUAUCACAGUCUUUCCUGUGGCUGCAGUGAUAGACAGUACAGAGUUGGCAAUAGCACAGAUGCGAAAUACCCCAAAAACACUGGCUUAUUAGAGCAGAAUUGGCUUUUUCUGGAGUGUUUUUGAACAUUAAAGCAUGUGAAACAUGUUUGAGUGAAAAAAAACAAUUUAAAACCUGAAUAUGAGCAUAAUAUGUCCCCUUUAAAUAUCAGAAUCUUGCCCGUGGUCAGACGUUUUGUGUUACUUCCUGUUACAACUUGUCUUCACAAUAAUGAGCCUGUACUGUAAAAUUGUGACCAAUUAGCCAUACUCAUUACAUUCCAUGUUAAGUUUGCAGUUGCGGACUAUCUUUAUAGCAAUACUAGAAAAUACACUGAAAAUAGUCAAAGGGAGGGGAGGCAUGAUAAAAACACGGACUCUAUUGAACCUCACAUUUCAUUCCACAACGGACAGUUCAGCAUGAAAACAGUAAACUGUUUGAAACCGUUUUCAUAACUCACAGGUCAUCUAUGCAAGCCCCUAGAACUCAGGAUAGUAUUCAGGGCAAAGGUUCUGCUUUGCAACAACAUCCCAAAACCUGUUCAUACUCCUGUCUCCAAACUUCAGCCACUCUUUCAUUUGCUCUUCAAACACUUCAGCAAAGGAUCAGCUGCAUAAUAACCAGAUUGUUGUUAAAUGAGGGGUUUGCAAACACAUAAUGCCAAACCAAACUGACAAAAUGUUACAAAUGUUCCCAUUCCAGAUAACAAAAUGUGCACCGGCAAGUCAGAUACAACAGAGAAACAUGUUGGAUAUUAUGGUUGCACCAGCUAGCAUAAAUCCAUCCAUUUCUAAGUUCUUAGCAACUACUAGCUAGUUUCAAACUACCGAUCUGCACCAUUAGAACUCUAAUUUCUUAGUUUCUUAAAGUUAUAUUGUCAUUAGUUACUGACAUAACU